AUGUCGGAAGACACUGAGCCUACCGUUGAAAAAAAGGUGGAAGAGGACGCCACCAUAGAUGAGAGUGAGGAAGACAAAAAGCUGCGAGCUGCUCGCCAAAUCGAGUUUUACUUCGCCGACUCGAACCUGCCCUUUGAUAAGUUCAUGUGGACGCUCCACACAGCUAAUGCCGAGCACUGGGUACCCGUCAAGACCGUCGCAUCCUUCAAGCGUAUGCGCGAGUUCCAUUCUCUGGGUGAUGAGUGGCUACUCGAUGCGCUUCGCAAGAGCGAGGAGCUGGAAAUCGACGAAAAAAGCGAAAAUAUCCGCCGCCGCACCGAAGUGCAGCCACCGAAGGACCAGUUCGAACGCAGUGUGUACGCGAAAGGCUUUGGCAAGGAGGACCCGACGCUGCAGAAGAAGCUCGAGGACUUUUUCAACAAGUACGGGCGGACGAACGCGGUGCGCAUGCGGCGAAUUGACAACACGAAGGAGUUCAAGGGCUCCGUGUUCGCCGAGUUUGCGGACUUCAAGUCUGUGGAGGCGUUCCUAAACGCCGACCCGAAGCCCUCAUGGGAGGGGGAAGAGCUUCUCAUCAUGUCAAAACAAGCGUACUGCGAGAUGAAGAUCAAGGAGAAGGGUCUCACGGGCAAGGCCGCCGAGCUGCGGCGACAGAACAUGUCAGGCACGGGCCGCAAAGGGUUCAACGCGUUCAAGGAGAUGGCAGAGAAGGAGAAGGGCAAGAAGGGCCAGGGGAAGGAUGGCGAAGAAAAAGGCAAGCAGGAGGUCUAUCUCGAAUUCCUCGGCAGUCGCAUGCUCGUGCACGAAGAAGACGGAGGCUCUGUCAAGCCUGAAGAUGUGCCGCAUGUCAAAGGCGCGUCUUUGAAAUUCGAGGGUGCGGGCGGGGAUGUUGCGUUUGAUGAGAUCAAGGGAACGCUCAAGGAGCAUUUUGCGCGCGCACCUUUCGUAAAGUACACCAAGGGUGACAGCUCGGGCCUUGUGGGGUUCGACAAAGCGCUGUCAGAGGACGACAUCACGUACGUCCGGGAAAACCUCAAGACUCUCAGUGGGACCGAGGUAUCUUGGUCAAUCCCAGACGAGGAGCAAGAGCGGGCGUUCCAGCUUGAGCGAGCCGCCUCGGCAGCAAAGCGUGCCCUUUCCUUCUCCUCCAACCGGGACUCGCGCGGCGGUCGCGGCGGUCGUGGUCGUGGCGGUCGUGGCGGUCGUGGCGGCCGUGGAGGGCGCGGUGGCCGUGGUGGCCGUGGUGGCCGUAGUGGCGGCGACCGCGACUCGGGGAACAAGGAGGACGGCGAGCAAGCGGGUGAAAAGCGCAAGCGCGCGAUCGAGCCCGACGGUGGUCCGAAUAUGGGCACGCGCGGUCAAGGCGUGCCUGUGAUCCAGUCCGCGAAAAAGGCGAAGCCUGACGGCGAGUCAUAG